UAUUACCAUGAUUUUUGAUCAGCAUGUAAUACAAUUAAUGCAAAUGAACAAUCCUAAACAAAAAUGGCAGUAGAUACAGAUUUGUGUGUAUCUGCAGAAAAUUUAUGAAAGUUUAUUGUCUAUACUUGUCCCAUGACCUUAAUAGACUGGUUUGUUCUUAGUGUAUGUAUGACUAAAAUGGACUUUUAUGUUAACCAUGUCAGCUCAUACUGCAAGAAUUACUACUGUUUUUUUUUUUUUUUUAUCUGCAGGCCUGAAAGCUUCUUGGAAUGUGACCCACCACUAGAUCUAAAAGGGAACAAGACUGAACAAGAAGUAAAAGGCUAUGGAUGCUCUAAGUUUGGAGGUUGGCGUUUUGAGGAUGUGGAGCACACAGCUGUCACAUGUCGGGUGCUUGAAGGCAUAGAGUGUUGUGGUUCCCGCUCCUUCCUGCGUCAUGGCAAGCCCUGUGUAAAGUACAGUGGUCAUCACUUCACAACCACCCUCAUCUACAGCCUGUUGCUGGGGUUCCUAGGUCUGGAUCGUUUCUGCCUUGGCCUGACAGGCACUGCAGUGGGCAAGCUCCUCACUCUUGGGGGCUUUGGCGUGUGGUGGGUCGUGGAUAUUGUGCUGCUGGUUACAGGUUCACUCACACCUGAAGACGGCAGUAACUGGAAUACCAAUGUAUGAGCUGAUGAUUUCAAUCAAUUGUUGAAUUGUUUGAACAGUCACAUGCCUUGAAUUGCU